GGGCUGAUGCAACCGCCGCCCCGCCCGCCGCCCGCCCGCCGGAGCCUGCUCGCCGCCGCGGGGCGCGGGGCGCUGGGCGCGGGCUCCCUCCGCGCUGCUCGGCCGCCGGGGGCAGGGCGGCGGGCACGGCGGGCAGGGCUGCGGCCCACCCCGGCCCCGCCCCGGGGCGCCUCGGCCCGCGCCUUCUGCACGGCUGGCCUGCCUGCCCUUCUGCUAUGAUGCCCGGGCAGAUCCCGGACCCCUCAGUGACCGCGGGUUCCCUGCCGGGACUGGGCGCCCUGGCCGGGAUCCCCAGCUCGGCUCUGACGGCAGAGGAGCUGAAAUACGCCGACAUCCGUGCUGUGAUCGCACCCCUGCACUUCCUGGAGGUGAAGCUGGGCAAGAGGCCAACGCCGGUCAAGAGCGAGCUCGAUGAGGAAGAGGAGCGGCGGAAAAGGCGCCGAGAGAAAAACAAGGUGGCAGCGGCCCGGUGUCGGAACAAGAAGAAGGAGCGGACGGAGUUCCUGCAGCGGGAGUCGGAGCGCCUGGAGCUGAUGAACGCGGAGCUCAAGACGCAGAUCGAGGAGCUGAAACAGGAGCGGCAGCAGCUCAUCCUCCUGCUCAACCGCCACCGGCCCACCUGCAUCGUGCGCACCGACAGCGUCCGCACCCCCGAGCCCCCAGCCGAGCGCCCCCCGCCGCCGGACAGCAAGUGACCGCGCCUGCGCCCGCGCCCGGGGCGGCCGAUCCGAUGGACCAGCGCUGAGACCAAAGUGACCCCGGCACGGCUACAGGGAGGCGGAGCCGGGGCGCCCGGCCAGGCCAGAGGGACACCCACAGGGGGACCCACCCCGGGACCCCCACCCCGGGCGGGCCGGGCAGCCAGCAAAGCCAACAGUCAGGAGUCGCCACCAGAGCCCAGAGCCCGGCAGAGGAUGGAACUCGCCCUGCAAGGUUGCCCCUGGCCGGGCUGGGCCCUCCAAUGUGACCUGGCUCCGGGGGUCCCCAGAUGUGGCCGGCCGAGGGGGACCCCGAACUCGGGCUGGGCUGGGAGGGGACCCUGAAUGUGGCCUGCUGAGGGGGGGCUCCGAGCUAAGCCCGGCUGGGGAGAGGGGGGCCCUCAACUCGGCCUGGCUGCGGGGGUCCCCAAAUGUGGCCGGGCUGGGGGUCCCCGAACCCAGGCUGUCUGGGCCCCCCCCCCCAGUCCUUGCGGAAGGAGGCGCAGGCGCCACCCACUCCCACACCCCGUAUGUUUACAGAGGCUCCGGGGCCACAGCACACGUUUUGAUACUCCUCCUCCCCUCCUCGUUUUUUUUUUUUUUUUUUAAAUAUUUUUUACAAAAAAAAAAAAGAUUUUAUACAAGCAAUAUUAUCUAUGGGUUUCUCUACUCUCGCGGUGUGACGCAGGACGGACACGCGGUGGCCCUGGGGACUGUCGCCUGGGGGGAGCCUGUUUUCUGGCGAGCCCCUCAAAGUACUCAGUCCUGUAGCCCUCAGUAAACCUGACUCUGCCCU